AAAUAAGUCGAUGUUUAUUUUCUUGUUGGAAAUUCUGACAAGUUCAUUUCCAAAAUCAAAAAAAACAUUUGGUAUUCCCCCCAUUGUAAAGCUAAGUGCAUGCUUGCGCUUCUUUGCAGAAGGAGGAUACCAAAAAGGAGUUGGAAACGACCAUAACGUCGGUCUAGCUCAGUCUACGUUUUCAGACGUUCUUACGGAUGUAUUGAAUAUAUUUGAAGACAAGUUAUGUUCAACUUGGAUAAACAUGGACAUGACACCCCAGGAGAAACGGAACACAUCCAUUAAAUUCUAUGAAAAAUAUCGUAUUCCAAGCGUUAUCGGGUGUGUAGAUGGUACACACAUUCGCAUAAUCGCGCCUAAACAAAACAAACACUUAUUUUACAAUCGAAAAGGAUUUUUUAGCUUAAAUGCUUUAUUGAUUUGUGAUGCUGACAUGCGAAUUCGGUUUGUUGAUGCUAGCCGCCCGGGAUCAUCUCAUGAUGCGCUCAUUUGGAAGGUGAGCGAAGUAAGAUCAUGGUUGGAACAAAAGUAUUUAAAUGGAGAAGAAAACUCAUGGUUGCUGGGAGACGCUGGUUAUCCACUAGAACCAUGGCUUUUAACUCCCCAUAGAAAUCCAGAGGUUGGCACAUCUCAGAGCCGUUUCAAUAUGAAACAUAGGCAAUGCCGCAACAUUAUUGAGAGAGUAAAUGGUGUUCUCAAAAACAGGUGGAGAUGCCUGCUUGGUGCAAGGGAACUUCCCUACCAACCUGAUAAAGCUGUGCAGAUAGUUAAUGUUUGUUGUGCAUUACAUAACAUUUGCAUUCAUUUCAACGCUGAUUUUGAUUCAAUGGACCUUCCAAGAACGAGAGAUGAGGUCAAUACUGAUAUCGAAGAACCAGAAAAUCCCCUUAAUAAUUCAGAGUAUAUGAAUUUAGCUCAAACCAUUAGAACGCAAAUUGGAGAUUCAAUUUAAAAUUAUGUUUAUUCAAACAAAAUAAAUAAAUUUAAAAAAAAAAAUCAUUGUACAAAAAUUGCUUAAUUUAAAAGUCGAAGCUGGGCUUCUACAUUUUCAAUUCCUAUUUG